AGGGGUGUUUCUGAUGGUGGCCGUGAAGAAGGCGAUAAUUCUGGUGGCGGCGGCGGCGCUUUUGGUGCCGGCGGUGGUUGCGGUUCUUUGGAAUAUUGCUUGGGGAAAGAGGGGAUUGGUAGGGUUUGUGCGGAGGCAUCCGGACGCUGAGCUCAGAGGUGCUAUUGAUGGACAGUACGUCAAGGUCACUGGGGUUGUCACGUGUGGUAGUAUUCCUCUAGAAUCAUCCUACCAGAGGGUUCCAAGGUGCGUUUACGUGUCCACUGAACUGUAUGAAUACAAAGGAUGGGGUGGAAAGUCUGCAAAUCCUAAACACCGCUGCUUUUCUUGGGGAUCUAGAUAUUCUGAGAGAUAUGUAGCUGACUUUUACAUAUCAGACUUCCAAUCUGGGUUAAGAGCACUGGUGAAAGCAGGCUAUGGAGCCAAGGUUGCUCCUUUUGUAAAACCAGCCACUGUCGUAGAUGUGACAAAAGAAAACCGAGACUUGUCUCCAAGCUUCCUACGCUGGCUAGCGGAUCGCAAGCUCUCAAGUGAUGACCGUGUAAUGCGCCUUAAGGAAGGAUACAUAAAGGAAGGAAGCACCGUGAGUGUCAUGGGGGUUGUUCGGCGCCAAGACAAUGUGCUUAUGGUAGUUCCAUCAACCGAGCCCAUCUCUUCAGGAUGCCAAUGGGCUCGGUGCCUCCUCCCGACCUGCGUCGAAGGUUUAAUCAUAACAUGUGACGAUAAUCAGAAUGCAGAUGUGGUUCCCGUGUAGUUAUGGCAGCACUUUCAUCUCAAAACUUUCGAGUAAACAACAUCCCAAGGAUGCAAAAACGACUUCCCAUGCUCCACAAGAUCUAUAUAUCUGCCACUUUUAUUUUCCAGGUUCUAAGUUUAUGCCCAAAAAAAUGUAUGUAAGCUGGCGUAGAAGAUGCAAAGCAAAAGAAUGCUGAAGAUCAGGUAAUAAACAAGUAUUAUCUGUUCCAUGGAGUUACCGUGCAUUAAGAACGAAGAUGCUAAUCGAGUCCAGAAGCCGGAAGACUCUUCUUCUUAGCAUCGCUGUGCUGUGUUUUUUUUUUCUCUUUUUAAUUUUGACUGAUUAUAUUAUGUACAUAAAACUCGUUCCCCAAGGGAAAUCCCACGUGAGUCAGUAUUUUUAUGCUUCUUCCCGUCACAAUCGCUUCGAUAUCUUGUGUUUUAUUAUGAACUAAAAGAUAUUCGAAAUUCUCCUA